CACCGAUUCAACAACCGGGAGCCAUGGUAGGGCAAAUGGGUCAGCCGGUGAAUCCUCAGAUGUCUCAGAACCAGCAGCAGGCUCAACAGACCCAGCAGCAACAGGUGCAACAGCAACAGCAGCAGCAACAACAACAGCAGCAGCAACAGCAGGCUCAGGAGCAGCGGGGCAUCAAGCGCACCACGUCCGAUGUCUGCUACGGUGACGACGGCGGUAACAAUCCGGCGGCGCGGCAGCAGCAGCAGCAGCAGCAGCAGCCGUCGCUCUCGCAGACCGCGCAGAGCAUGUCGGCCGCCGGCAUGCCCGGCGACUGCGUGUCCGACAAUCUCGAGGAAUCGUUCACGAGUCUGGGUCAGCCAAAAAAGUCACCCCCGUCUAACGGCAAGAAGACCAAGGGUCGGGUGAAGAUCAAGAUGGAAUACAUCGACAACAAACUCAGGAGGUACACCACUUUUUCCAAGAGGAAGACCGGUAUCAUGAAGAAGGCGUACGAACUGUCGACGCUGACCGGGACACAGGUGAUGCUGUUAGUAGCGAGCGAAACCGGCCACGUGUACACCUUCGCGACGCGCAAGUUGCAGCCAAUGAUCACGAGUGAGGCCGGUAAGGCGUUGAUCCAGACGUGUCUCAACAGCCCGGAUCCGCCGCCGUCGGGCUCGUCCGGCGACCAGAGGAUGUCCGCGACCGGCUUCGAGGAAACCGAGCUGACGUACAACAUCGCCGACGACGAGCAGAAAGAGGAAGGUGGGUCGCCCAGAUCCGACGUUUGCGCGAACGAAAGCGACGACGACACGAGUGACGGCGACACGAAGGAUCCUCUCAAGAUUAAUCAUUCGGGAAAUGUGCCUUCGUUCUCUGCAGGAAUCAUGUACCAGAUGCCGCAGAGUGUCAUUUAUUCGCCCAGUCCAGGGGUUUUGCUCGGCAUAGGAGGACAAAACGGACAACCGGUGCAAAUGUCUCAAGACGGAGGUACAUCGGUGACAAACUCGUCGCAGUCGAACCAGCCGUUCAUCACGAUACCGCUGAACGUCGCGAUGAGCGCCGGACUGUCUCUACCGGUGACCUCCAAGAAGACUUCCAAGUCGCCCACGACGACGACGACGACGACGAACACAACCACGGCCGCGUUGUCCACCUGCGGCGAUCUGCCCUCCGACCUGAGCAAGGAUCGGGAGUGACGCGAGAAAAGUUUUCCGUCGACGGAUGAAAGUAGUUGAUCAGACUUCCUUCGUUGCGUCGCGCGUAGAAACGAAUUACGGAAACAAAAAAAAACUCGCGGAUUUCUCGCACGGCGGAUCCUCAUGAACUUUGUGAUACCUCCACGUGUCCGGAUAAAUAAAUGUCGAGUGAAGUUCUUGAUUGCAACUAUAUGAGCCUCACCAUGUGAAAUCGCAAUUCUCUCCUUUAGUCGCGAGAGAAACCGUAUACGGAAUCGUAACGACUAGAAUCGUAACAAGAAUUUGAUAAUAAGAACCACAAUACUCACACAUCGUUCAUUUGAAUAUGGAACUACGUUUGCGAUGCGAAUGGCGCUUUUCGUGGAUUUCUGAAACUAAUCGAUUAAGUCGAACGACGCUGGAAAAAAAUUAUUUUAUCGUGACGUCUACCGUAACUGCAAACUUGUCAAUUGCGAAUUGUAAUUUGAGAAUUAUUCUUGACAUCCUCCUACCGGCCCGGAGGUAUCGGCAAACGAACCACUUAGUCAAUUACAUAUUCGAAUAAUCCAAUCGGUCAUUUUGUAUUUCUCUUGCGUGCAAACAUACGUCGGCGACAUCCGCCGCUCUCUCGUGCGCUUUCUGUCACAAUACUUCUAACCAGAGUCACACUCACCCUUAGUAGAAACAAAAAGUACCGUAUUCAAUAGAGCGUGUAUUCUCCGAGAAUGCUCACUGCCAAUUGUAAGACUGACAUUGCACACGAACACAAUAUUCGUCUUGCUUAAUCUUUUGUCCAAAAUAAUUCCGAUGAUUUUAGACUUUGGUGUUACGCGUUCUAUGAUCUUAUUAAUCUUGAAUUGUUUUUUUUUUUUGACACCUUAAAAGUGGAUCUGAGCAUCUUAUUUGAUUUAAAAAAUUGCGAAAAGCAUCUUUCAAUGAAAGAGACGAAACAGAGAAAGACAAUGGAUUAUAUGUGGCCCGAUAACACAAAGAGAGAGUUUUCGAAAUGUCUCGGCAUUGAUUUUUACGAUUGAAAAUGAUCUCACAAAAUCUUUCUAUCGUUCGGAAACAACAAAUUUAAGUAAGGUCACAUUUUGUGAAAAAUUAUCGCGGAACAUUUGACGUCCGUUUUUCGAUAGAAAAAACUCGCAAAAGAUUAAGCGUCGUCGAAUUAUUUUGGCAUCCUGAAUGAUCGAUUUGUCUCUUAUAGUCUUUGCCACUUUGUGUUAAAAAUAUAUUGUCAGAAAUAACGCAAUGAAAUAAUCGACAAAAUCGCGCGUCAACAAUUUUCACCGACGGUACUGCGCCGAUAUGCCAAGUUUGACGUAUUGAAAAUAUAUAUACAUAUAUAAAAUAUUUAUCAGAUUGUCAAGAUGUCGUUGUUCAGUGAACUCUGUGCGUGACAACAAUUUUCAACGUGACACAUUGAGCGUUCUGCCAGCGAUUAAUGCCAAUUUAGAUUUGUUAGAUCGUAGUGGAUUAUAUAUAUUGACAAUGACAUCCGACUUGUGAAAGAAGCAACGUACGUGGGGCGAUUGAUAAGUAUCCGGAAACGGCGCACAUGUAGCAAUACAACAUUUAUGACAUCACAUUGCCGUUGUCAAGUUUCAUCCUUUUAGAGGAACAAAUGCCAAAACGCGCUGGCUCAUUAUCGUUACAACUGUGAAUACCGUCGCUAUCUGUGCGUCGUUUCGGGAUAUUUAUCAAUUUUCAAUCGUCUCUCGUGUCAUGUUUCGUCAUUAUGCAGAACUAAACUUGCGUAAAACACACAGAACAAUAAAACCUCGAGAGAUACAAAGUAGACAAAAAGAUGAUCGCAACCUAAUGAGAAUUACAAGAAUUGUGUUCGCGCGAUUGUUCUUUCGCCGAUACGCGUGAUCUCUCAUGUGUAAAGGAUCACAACUUGUACAGAACGUUAUCGGCGACUCUGUUAAGCGCCACGGGCGACAGUCGCGACGAGUCUACGCAAACUCGUAGGAUAGGAAUCGUUAAUGCCAAAAUGUGCAAUAUUGAGAAUUUUUCAAAUCGAAUUACAGUUGUUAUCGUUUGUUGGGCUUCAGCGUAAUGUGUAUCCAAAUAUAAUGGUAUGGAUAAAAUAAAAAGAAGGAUUCGUUGUUCUUGAUUGUACUUAUUGUUUUUACUUAAGUGAUUCUUCGCGUUAUCGAUAAAUUUUUGUAAGACAAUGACAAAAACCAAUUGUUGUUCUUUUUAUCUUUAUUCAUACUACGAUAUACUUCGUUGUUUGUAAUGGGUGCUUCGCGGCCGCAGUUUUUCUGUGUAUGUUUAGGUGUGUUUGAUUCUGUUUUUUUUUUCUUUCUUAAUAAUACUGCGAUAGUUUGCAAUAUGAAGCGUUUGUUGAGAAGGUUUCUAUCUAAUCGAAGGCGCAUACUAGUAACCUACCUACGAAAAUCUUUAGCCGUCAAAUAGAGAGGAAAAAACAACUUGUGUAAUGAGUCGUGCAAAAAAAAAAGUUUAAAAAAAACAAAAAAAAAAGAUUUACGCUUCUGAUUAACUAUUAAAUAUUCAAAGAAUUAAUGUAACCCAAGAGACAAACAUAUAUAACGGCUCAUGGUCGUGAAUAUUAACCAUCAUUUGUCUAUGUACAAAGGAUGUGUGUAAGAGGGCGCGUGCGAAAGCGAGAAAUCCCACGAAAGACGAGCAAUAACGCGUGUAUAUUACGUUUUACUUUGUCUAUUUUAUAUAUAAAUAUAUAUGUAGAUGCAUACAUAUAUAUAUAUGUACACACAUACACGUGUAUAUCCUAAUUUUUUUAUUACUUCUGAAAAUACUGCUGCGUGAAGAGUGUUUGUAACAAAUGCCGUAUAUAUAUAUAUAUACAUAAAUAUAUAUAUAUAUAUAUAAAGAAUGAAGAACAAAAAUAUAUAAA